AUUCAAAACGCGAAAUCUGUCAAAUAAUUAUAAACAAAUAUAUUUAUAUUAUUUUCGUUGAGAAAGUAACAUUUUUGGCGCAUAAGUUCUGUUGUUGCAGUUUCGGACGCGCAUCUCAAAGCAACAUUUGGAAACUAUUGGCGCUUGCUAGCAAGGGACACGCAACACUAUGGAUAGAUCAAGAAAAACGCUUCCAGAAAUCGAAACAUUGCUGUUAAAUCAAGCAGAAUUAAAAAACAGACAGGAUGAGCCCGAUGUGCUGGAUACAUUGUUGAUGCGUGUGGUGCAGUAUGUAUCCAAUACGAAUUCACCCUACGACGGCGCCUUACCUCAUACAGAAGCUGAGUGCGUGCAGAAGAUUAUGACCAAAUUAAACCUGAAGUCAGAUACAACUAGCGGUGAACUCUUGGGCGAUAUCUUCUUCGACCGCUACAACAGUCUCAUAAAAGGGAUUGAGAAGCAUGGAUUGCGCGACUUUCUGGCAAAUCUGAUCUUAUGCCAAUUGGAGGAAGAUGUAACAUUUGCUUCCAAGCUAAAUGCUAGCAUUAAUGCAAGUACACUUAAAAAUGCUACUAAUGGUAAGCAAAGCAAUUGGUCGGCAUCUCCGCUGAAUAUUUCCGUUUUGGGGGAAAGUCAGGAGGAACGCGAUGCUACCACAGACAUUGUGCAAAAUGCAAUUUACUGUUUGAUGGGCGUGCCGGGCAAGUACCUGAGGAAGGAUGUCAUUACGGGACGCUUCAAGCUUGAUCCCACAAAUGGCAGAAGCCUAACAGGUCUACAAGCUGGCAUGCUGAUGCGUCUAUCCGAGCUGGGCUUCUAUCACGAUCGACUGGACAAGUACUCAAAUAUGAUGACGGGCUAUACAGCCAUUGGUUCCAUGGGCCAGGCUUUCAUAACCAAACUCAAGAAGGAGCUAAACAUGUAUAAUGGUCAGGUGGCGCUGCUUCAGGAUAAGAUGACGAAGUACAAGCAGCAGCUACGUGACUUUUCCCAACCCGAGGAUCAAUGGAUGGAGCAUCGGGCCAAAGCGCCAACACUGCUGGGACUGAUCUGCUGGUAUAUAAAGCCAUUGCAUCGCUUACAAUAUCUGGUCAAGGUGGCACAUGCAUGCCAGCUUAAAAAGGGUGGCGAAUUGGCUACAGCUAUCUUUGAGCAGCUAAACACGGGUGAUCCGGUCAUCGAUGAACUUGGACGUGAAGUCUUAAUCGCCUGUUGCGCACCGCUUGUGCGAAUGAUCUCCAAGUGGAUGCUAGAAGGUGGCAUCGACGAUAACUACGGCGAAUUCUUUGUGGAGUCGUUGAGUCAAGUAGGUGCCGAUCGUCUCUGGCAUGACAAGUUUCGCUUGCGUCUAAGCAUGCUGCCCAAGUUCUUGUCCCGCGAGCUGGCCGACAAAAUACUCAGAGCGGGCAAAAGCAUUAACUUUCUACGCGAAGUAUGCGAAACACACGAACCCAUAAAUGGACUGAAGGAGCUUAAGCAGGUCAUAGAAAAUAAUAUUCCUUGCAUUUUUGCGUGCGUGCCGGACACCAGCUGGCAUGCUGCCAUUGAAACUGCCUACAUGCAGGCUUCCAAGGAUGUGCUGGAUGUAAUGGUGGGUCCACACAAGCUGCUAGUGCAUCUCAAAGGCAUGCGUCGCUAUCUGCUACUGGGCCAAGGCGAUUUUGUUACCAUUUUCAUAGAAAUGGUGAAAGAUGAGCUGGAGAAACUGGGCACUGAGGUAUUAUCGCAUGACUUGUCGGUCAUGCUGGAUGCGGCGGUCCGUUCCAUCAAUUCACAGCAUGAAGAUCUGGAGAUACUUAAUCAUUUGGAUGUGGUGGUGAAGACACCAUAUGCCGGCGACACUGGCUGGGAUGUAAUAUCCUUGCAGUAUAUUGUGCGUGGACCAUUGGCUACAAUGCUGGAGCCAGCCAUGCCCACCUAUAAGGAACUCUUCAAGCCUCUAUGGCGCAUUAAGCACAUGGAAUUCGUUUUAUCUUCAAAAAUAUGGAAGGAGCAAAUGUGCAACGCCAAGGCACUGCGCGCUCUGAAGAACGAGAUUAGCCAAACCUGCUAUAGAUUACAUCUAUUCACAUCGGAAAUUAUGCACUUUGUGCAUCAAAUGCAGUAUUAUGUGCUUUUCGAGGUCAUUGAAUGCCAAUGGGUAGAAUUGCAAAAACAUAUGGAGCAGGCGACAGCAUUGGAUGACAUCCUAGAUGCACACUCGCGAUUCUUGGCUAAAAUAAGCGUGGGCUGCUUCGUGAACUCAUCGUCGACAAUGGAGCGACAUCUGGAGAAGGUAUACGAUAGCAUUAUAUGGCUAGAGAACUGGCAGUGCAACUUUUAUGACAGCUGCUAUAAGGAGUUGGAAGCGCGCCAGCGUAUGAAGCGUAUAAUUGCCGAAUCUGAGAUAACUGGCCACUUUGGGAUGACUACCGAACAGAAAAUGGAGCGUGAUCAGGAAUGCAAACUAUUCGAACAAUCUGUUGUGUCAGCAAAUUGCGUACUUGAAGUUUUUGCUACAUCUUAUGGUAAAUCCGUGGCUACCUUUCUACUGGCGCUCAACUCCAGCACUGAUCCAAAUCUGCAACUCCUGGGAACACGCCUCGACUUUAAUGAAUACUAUAAGAAACGCGAUACUAAUCUAAGCAAGCCGCUUACUUUCGAGCAUAUGCGUAUGAGCAAUGUGUUGGGCAAGAAUAACAACGCAGGACGCUAUUCCUUGUUCACUGGUAAUUGUGGCAAUAGCUAAGCGCCCCCACUCGACCCCAACGUCGUGCCAAUACGAACACUCUAAAUAAUACAUUAAUCAUUUGUAUAGCCUGCUUUUAACGCUUUCAAUUGGGCUUUCAGUCUGUAAGGACGUUAUUAAAAUCAUAGUCUAACCGUAAUAACUAUAACUAAAGUUCGGCUACGUGUAAUUUGUCAAUUAUUAACUACAUAUGCACAAAAUUAACGCACAAAGCUAGCACAAUUCUUUUUUUUUCACAAUCGAAUCGAAACAAGUGGUUUAUGUCUAUAUAAGUAAAUGCCGCUAAGCGUCUAUUUUCACUUUGCAUGCUGAAAAUGCCUUAAGUAUUUGAAGAAAUGUACUCAAACCAAAAUCCCAAAUCUGAAUUGUAUUCUAUAUACAUUCUGAGGCAUUAGUGCCAAUUUAAUUUCUCGGAAAAAAUGUAAACAGUAUCGAAUAUUAAAAUUGUUCACUGUUAAACUGAUUAACAUAAAAUCUGUGUUAAC